GACAUUCUAACCAUUCAAUUCUACUCAACAGGAUGAGCAAGUACAAUACGGCCGGGAUGGAAUGGGGUCACUCAUCACAACCCAUUCCAACCAAGUGAGGUCCCAGGCCAGCCGGCCAUACCAUCGGCCAUGCAAAAUUCCAGUCACGAUGGUGUUAUGACCUGCCCCCAAAUAUCUUGGUCCCCUCCUGCUCCGCUGCCCCCGUUCGACCAUCCCCAACUAACUUCGCAGCGUCUGAAUCCGCUCCAACAAACACAUCCAUGCAGGCUCGUCGGGGGCUAACCACUCCACCAACAACCCAUCGACAACACGGAAACCCCUAAAGAGACACGAUAACAUCAAGACCAACCAACCAACCAACCAACCAACCAACCCAACAGCAACAGCCACCAACACAACACAAUGACAACCACAACCUUCACCAACCCCCCACCACCACCACCACCACCCGGCGGAGGAGGAGGCCAAGACGCCAAAAAGGGCUCCAUCGUCGACUCCUUCCCCACGCUCUUCCCCCUCGUCAUCGCCGGCGCCUGCGUGCUCGGCCUCAUCCUCGCCUUCCUCAUCAUCUGGCUGACACGCCACCGGCGGCGCGCCGCCGGUGGCGGUGACGAGGCCGUGCUGCUCAGCCCUGAGGGCAGCAAUGUCAGCGCGCGGCCUUCGGGAGAGGGGAAGGGGGAUGGAGAUGGAGAUGGGGGUGCGGGUGGGGGUGCUGGUGGUGUGGGUGGGGGUGGGUCGGCGAGGAGGAAGUUGCAGAAGGCUUGCUCGGUGGGUGCGGGACCGGGGUGGUGGGCGAGGGAGGGUGGGAGUGGGCUGUUGAGUGAUGAUGAGGAUGGGGAGGGGAGGGGGUGGCCAAGGAGGCAUGUCAGUAUGCCGCUGAUUCCGAGGGCGUGUAGUAAGGGGCAUUUUCAUUUUGGGGUUGGGGUUGGUGCUGGUGGUGGUAAUGGGGGUUCGUCGUGUCAGUGGCCGGGGAGGGGGGCGGUGGAGAUGGCGGAGGUGGGGGGUGGUAGGCGGAAGCCGGCGUGGAUUGAUGAGGAUGCGCUGCAUGGGCCGAAGGUCAGUGGCGGGAAGGAGGUGGCGAAGGGUGGUGGGAAGAAGAAGAAUAAGGGGCGCGGGUCCUGGCCGUUGAGGAACCGUACGCCGACUCUGCCUAGGGUGCAUCAUACCAUUCAUGGGUAUCCGUAUAUGAUGUCGGGGGCGAGAGGUGAGUCGUCGGAGGCUUUGUUGGGCGAGAAUCGGCCGAAGACGUCCACUGGGUUGGAGUACGCCCAGCUACGCGCGUCUUCGAAGGACCUGCCUCAGCCGCCCAAGCCUGCUCUCGUUUCCAACAGAGAGAAGCGCAUCAUCAGGCCGUCCGUUACUAUGGGAUAUGUGUACGGCGCCUCCAAGAUCCCCACACCGAUCUUGAGCCCCCCUACCAGCCCCGUUCAGUCUGCUCCGACUACGCCACAGAGACACAGGGGUCGGCAGCGGUCGACAGAUUCGACUCUGACCGAUAUACUGAGAUCAACCGAGGAGCGUCUCCGGGAGGGAAGUGUUUCCGGGACGAUCAGGAGCCGCAGAGCCACUACAUCACCCACCAGGGCAUCACCCGGCAAGGUCUUUGGCCCCAGAGAAUAUGGGGUUUCGGCAUCUCGCCCAAGGACUCCAAGCCCAAACAAGAUCGCUACCGAGGAGGCCUUCACCCCCGGCCACAAACGGCAAGCCUCGCAGCAGUCUGUUUCUUCAGAGGCCGACAGUCUUGUGGGCAAGGAACGCCCAGUUUCAGAUGCUCCGUCAGGACUCACCAGCCCGAGCCGGGCUCAGAAGAAACAAGAACCUGAACGACAGCCACCUCAGGCGCAGUCAGGACGCACCUCGCUCUCCUCCGAGCUCUCCACGUUAUACAGCGAGGAUGAGAUGCCGGACGAGGUCAAGCGGGCCAUCAUGCCCCUCGAGGGUCUCGUCGUGCAGCCCCAGCAAGCUGCCAAAGUUCGCGCUCCAUCGAUGAACGACCCGUUCGUCAGCGCGCCGCUUCCCUUGUCGGUCUCGCGAGCGGCAUCCAUCGGCGGUUGGCCGACCAAGCAUAGCAAGUCCCAGGACCUCCUACGGCAGAGCGUGCAGCGUUCUCAGCGUCUUCGCAGUAUGACGGUUGGUCACACUCGCGCCCAGUCUCAGGGCCUGAUAUUGGCACCUGGUCCUGUGAUCCACGGACCCAAGGCGGGUGCGUUGCCAGUUAUUCCGCCUUCCCGUAAGACAUCGGUGACCAUCCCCCGAUCGGUCCAGCCGUACAUCGUAUCGAGGGCCUCGGAACCGCCGCCGUCUCCGACUAGACAAUCGCCUACAAGCAACAGCCCCCAUGGGCCGCUCUUCCUUCGGGUGACCAAGACCAGCACGUUGAGUACGAUCCCCUUGCUUCCACCGCCAUCGGCUCCAGGCAUCGACACAUUCAGCAAGGCAGACUCCAAGCAGCAUUCACCGAGCAAAGCAACCCACACAACCGAGCAGCAGCAGCAGCCGCCAGCACGCCGCUCCACAGUCCUGUUGCUCCCGUCGACAGAGCGCUCCAGCGCGCCCGCCUCCCCAGCCCGCCGCGUCGGCGGAGAGCUACGGCUGUCUCUCGUCCUGCCGCCCAGGCCACUGCUGCUGCAGGACGCCCAGCACAACCGCACCAGCGCCUCCUCGUCCGUCUACUCACAAGAAGCCAGCCCCACCGCCACGGUCACCGCUCAAACCGCAAUCGAACUCAACCGCGCCAACUUCCGCGCCAACUCCUCCCUCUACCCAGCGCCUCUCUCCCCACACAACCACACCCACACCCACACCCACACCCACAACCGCAGCCGCAGUCACGGCCCGUCCCCAUCCAACCUCUCCUCCGAACUUCCUCUAGAAGACAAAGACGGUGAAAACGAAGACCCAGACGAGGAGGACAUCCCCCUCGCGCUGACAGCAACGAUCGCCUCGCUGCGGCGCAUGAACAGCGGGCUCAGCACCGUGUCCAGCCUGGGGAGCAUCGUCGACCGGGAUAUGAGCCCCAGCCCGAGCCCGAGUCCCAGUCCCAGCCCGGAUAGGGUGUCGGGGCCGGCGGUGCGGGGGCGUGGCGGUUCAUUGGGUUCGGUGGGUGGUUCGCCGGGCAGGGCUGGUGGUGAGAGUCCCGCCCGCUCGCAUCGGAAGAGUAUUGGGGCGAGGAAUUAUUAUAUCCUCGGGGGUGGUGGGAAUGGGAAUGGGGCGUCGUCGAGGAGGGGGAGUCGGGUUGUGAGUUGUGUUGGGGGGCAUCAGCGGAGGUCGAGUGCGGUGCUGAGGCUGUCGCGGUCUGAGCUUGUAGGUGUGGGUGAGGAGGGGAAGGAGAAUAGCACGGGGAUGGGGGGGUUCAAGGUGGCGGCGGGGGAGUUUACUUUUGAAGUGAGUAAUCCUAAUAAUGUGUCGGGGAAGGGUGGGCUCGGGUUGAGGGAGGGCAGCAGCGGGAGUGUCAAUGCGCUGGUCAUGCCGCAGAACAAGGACUCGCAAAGGCUGUCCCUUGCGUGGAGGCCGGCCGAAGGGGGUGCUUCGAGGAAUGGCUCGCCGGUGAGGUUCAACGGUAGCCCAUCAAGGCAGAGCAUGAGGAGUGUGGACAGCUUGGGCUUG